AUGAAGAUUGUCAAUGCUGUUGAUAUUUUCCGGAUUAAGAUUGUCAAUGUUGUUGAGAGUUCCCUUAACUCACUUUCCUAUACAUGGUUCAUGGACAUGAUUUAUGAUGAAUUUAGAGAGGGCAAGAUCAACAUAGAUAAGACCUUAAAGCUGCUCAAUAAGUUUGAAGUCUCUUACGAUUAUGUUCAUGUGAAAAAAGUUUUUAAGAAAAAUGACAAACAGAAGUCUGGACUUAUUACCAUGGAAGAUUUCAGAGCAAUCUAUCGCAUGCUUCUCCACAGACCAGAACUGGUUGAACUUUUCAGCAGCUACUCGGCAAACAAAAAAGUUUUAUCGUCGACAAAUCUAGCUGAAUUCCUCAGAAAGGAGCAAUUUGAGCUUAGCGCGAAUGAAGGAAGGGCUGUUUCCCUCAUUAAUCGAUACGAACCCAUUCCUGAAGCGAGAAGUCAGAAGGAGAUGACCAUCGAAGGCUUUACACGAUACAUGCUGUCAGAAGAGUGCAGUUUAUUCAAAACGGAGAACAAAACGGUUUACCAAGAUAUGAAUUUCCCGCUCUGCGAUUACUUCAUAUCGUCUUCACACAACACUUAUCUUAUCCAGGAUCAGCUUAUAGGGCCGAGUCAUCUGUGGGGCUAUGCCAAAGAGCAAGAAACUUGUGUAAAAAUAGAGUCGAGAAAAACCGAGAGAUUCAAAAUAGGGAAAAUGUCCUUCUGUUUAUUUGUUAUAGUAGGGUUAAAAGCAAUAAAUGCUGGCAUCAGAUAUACAGACAAUGGCAAGGCUUCUGAUUACCCCAUCAUUUUGUCACUGGAGAAUCACUGCAGUCCUCCACAGCAGGAAAGGAUGGCAGCUCAUCUCCUCGACAUCCUGCGUGAUAGCUUGUGUACUACAACCAUUGACAAUGCUGUGCCAACAGAAUUACCCUCCCCAGAGCAAUUGAAAUUAAAGAUUCUGAUCAAAAAUAAGAAAGCUGGAUCACUCCAAGACACCCUUCAUCGGAGGGGUCAGAAAUACCAGGGCCUUACAGAAGAAACUGAGGAUACCAUGGAGUCAGAUGAUGAAGAUGAUGAAAGUACUGGACGCACACUAAAGAAAACGCUCAUUCGGAAACAAAGUAAAAAAGAUAAGGAAAAGGGCCAUAAAGUCAAAGUGGCUCUGCUCCUUUCUGAGCUUGUGAUUUAUACUGCUUCUCGGAAGUUUGUCAGCUUUGAGGAUUCCAAGGAGAAGCAGAAAUGCUACCAAAAUAAUUCCAUCGGAGAGGUGAAAGGUCAGAAGCUCAUCAGCCGGAGAGCUCCCGACUUUGUCUCGCACACAGUCCGCUUCCUUACAAGAAUCUAUCCCAAAGGAACCAGAACAGAUUCUUCAAAUUAUGAUCCUCAAGAAUUUUGGAAUGUCGGAUGCCAGCUGGUGGCCUUAAAUUUCCAAACACCAGGUGUGCAGAUGGAUUUACUAAUUGGAAAAUUUUUGGACAAUGGAGGCUCUGGUUACGUUUUGAAACCAGAAUUCUUGAGAAGAAGAGACUCUGCUUUUGACCCAUUUAACGUUGCUGAUAGAUAUAAUCCCAUUACGCUAACAAUAAAGAUUAUUAGUGGCUGUCAGCUGCCUCCAAGUAACCUCUCCAAAAGUAACAAGGCUGAUCCUUUAGUCAAAAUAGAAAUUCAUGGUGUUCCAGCGGAUAUGACAAAACGGCAGACUUCUGCCAUAAAGAAUAAUGCUUUGAACCCUAGAUGGAAUGAGACAUUCACCUUUACUGUCCAAGUUCCAGAUCUUGCCUUAAUACGCUUUGUAGUAGAAGAUCAGAUGGCAGUUCUUGCCAAUGACUUCCUUGGCCAAUUUACUUUGCCACUUUUGAGCAUGAAUAAAGGUUAUCGCCACGUUCCAUUGGUCUCCAAACUUGGAGUUACCCUCAAGCCUGCCUCUCUGUUUGUCUACAUAUGGUACUUUCAACAGUAA